AAUCAAUCUACCCCUAAAUUUACUUACAAUUCAUCAGAUUUGUCGUAUUUAUCGAAUGGGAUACAAUUUCCGGUUCCAGAUGGCGAAAGUCAAUAUUUCAAUGAAACUAGUGAUUUCGAGAAUGUGUCUCAGUUUCAGUGGUUUUCUAAAUUAUAUGAUCAUCAUACAUGGUGGAAUCGGCUCGAAACGAUAACUAAUAAUGCAUGUAAAAGUGAUAUGAUGGUAUAUUUGACAGAGCUUAGCAAUGGAACAACCUGGGCUAUUAAAAUGUACGAUGCUUCUGGAAGAUAUAGUGGUCAGUUUUUAUUCGGAAAUGAUUAUUGGUUGGGAUCAAAAACGUUGUGUGAGGAACUAGCUAAGAAAGAAUGGAAUGAAGUUGUACCACCUUUUGACGUUAAUUUCUUUGUGUCAAAAAUUAGAAUCAACUUAAAUAGGAAUAGUACUCCUGUGACCAGGCAAUUAAACGUGGGAGAAUGUCUACCCCAAUCGUGCGAUGUGCAGGGGGUGCGAUCCUUGCUGGCAUUGGAACGCAAUCAAGCAAAUUCAGUAAAUAUUGUGGGCGUUCGAAAGGUCCCUGGGGAUUAUUCCCUACUGUCCGAUUUCAAAGUUCACCUUCUAGGGGGUGACGUUUAUGAAGAAGACUAUAACAGAACUUCAAUUAACGAAAAUGAAGCGAAAUGUCACAAAUUCCAACUUACAGAGAAUAAUGAUAAUUAUAAUAGUACUACAAAUAUCACCAACGGUAGUAUGGAUACUGUUGUCCAGUCUGGAAAAAAUAAUGGAAAAGUAUGCGCUAUACCAAUGAAACUGUUGAUAUCUUUCUCAGCUGUAACGAAUAGCAGAGCAAUACUUUCUGUCGAACAAAAAUGCUUGGAAUCUAUACAGUGUAUUCAUGGUUUGAGAUUUCUUUCAAUCGCGUGGAUUAUAUUAGUACAUAGUUAUCUGGAAAUAUUUUCUGUAAGCGAUAACAAAAAUUUGAGGAUACUAACUGAAAGGGGGUUCAUGUAUCAAACUAUAUCCAAUGCUACUUUUUCAGUUGACACAUUUUUCUUUAUUAGCGGCUUUCUUGUUACUCUAACUUACUUCCGUUCAUUUAUAAAAAAACAAAAAUCGGUGCAGCCCACAGGACUAUUUGAAGAAGUAACGUCGAGUACUCGCUGCUUUGUUGUGAUGAUAUUUUACAGAUUAUUCAGACUAACUCCAGCCUACCUAUUCGUUUUGACCCUCAAUGAAAUCACAAUGAGAUAUUUACAUUCAAAUUCUGUUUUUUCUCCUGCUAUAAUCGAUCAUAUCAGUUGUGAUAACUAUUGGUGGAGAAAUAUUUUGUAUAUUAAUAAUUUUUAUCCUCAACAUCAGUUCUGUAUGCUUUGGUCUUGGUAUAUGGCAAAUGACACGCAAUUCUAUGUUGUUGCGUCGAUUUUGCUGUUGAUAGCUAUCAGAGGACCUAAACAUGUUAAAGCAGCUGGAACUUUGAUAAUUAUUCUUUUGGGUGCUUCAUGGAUCACCACUUUUAUUAUAGCAACCAAGUGGGAUUAUGUGGCACGAGUAGAAGAACCGUUCGCUCUAUUUGAUCAGCUGUACGAUAAACCUUGGCUGAGAAUAGGACCAUAUCUCAUCGGCAUCCUCGCUGGUUAUUACAUGUUCAAGGUGGAUUGUAAGGUAAAAAUGUCAUCCGCUAUCAUCGCUAUAGGAUGGGUUUUAUCCGUGGCAUGUUUAAGUAGUUUGGUCUACGGCCUUGGACGAGAUGGACUUGUUGUGCCUACAUCAGCGUUUUACGCAUCAUUGGGGCACUCCGCAUGGGGUUUAUCCAUAUCUUGGAUUACUAUAGCUUGUUGUUCUGGAUAUGGAGGAAUUGUAAACUCUUUUCUGAGCUGUAAGUUCUUUCUACCUCUUAGCAGAUUAACAUAUUGUGCUUACCUUAUCCAUCCAGUAUUGAUGUGUCUUACGAGUUUCCAUUUAGACGGACCUCUUCACAUGCAUGAAGCCAUGGCGGUAGUCAUUUACUUUGGAAAUCUUGUACUAUCAUUUAUGAGCGCAUUUUUAAUUUCGUUAGCGUUUGAAGCACCUGUGGUUAACGUGCUCAAAAUACUAUUCAAUUAA